AUGGCACUGAAAGCUGAAGAAUUAUAUUUGGAGGAGCUUUGGAAGGAGCUUGACGAUGAUGAGGACCGGCCACCGCCAGUUCUUCAACAGGAGCUCGCCGACCAGCAUCGGGAAAAUCCGCUCCCCAGUUAUCAUGAGCUCAUGGGUUCAGGCGCGAUGGCAAUCUCGCUCCACCGAGCGAAAGCCGCUGCCGCUUCACCCCCUCGUACCAUCAACCGGCGACCAAGCUCCGCCAAUGGCAUCACCACCACCACCAACAACAACAACAUCAAUAGCAACGGCAGCGGCGGCGGCUAUGGCAGCCCGCCUGCCGCUCCUCUAGCUGCCUGGGAAGAGCCACCGCAGCUAGCGCUGGGGCCCACGCUGGGCGCGGACCCGGAGCAGUUGAAGCGGCAGUUGCAGUCAGUUGUCCAGGCAGUUAAUGCCAACCAGAAACGGUACGAGGAGGUGCUUCUGGAGGCCAACAAGGCGACGGACCUGGUCCGCAGCAUGGAGGCCGAGAUCGGCUCUCUCCAGCAUGAAGCUGAGGAGCUCUCUCGCCGGCUGCCUCCCGCACCGGAGCGCCAGCGCCAGGUCCAGGCCUGGCUGGCUCAGCGGUCCGCCUCCCUGGAGGCCCAGCGCGGGGUCCAGACCUCCCGACAGCUGGAGCUGAUUGCGGCGGAGGCGGCGCUGCGGGCGGCGGAGCGGGAGCUGGACUUCCUGGCGGAGGCGCAGGAGGAGGUGGCGGCGGUGCAGGUUUCCGAAAACAGCGCCGCAGCCGCUGCAACCUCCCUGCUUCGUGCCCGUGAGGAGCGGGCGGUGGCGGGUUACAAGCGUCGCCAGGCGGCUGAGGCGGUCAGGCUGGCGGCGGCCCAGCAGGAGGCGGAGGCGGCGGCGAUGAGGCGACUGCAGGCAGCCGAGGAGGCUAGGGAGAAGGUGUUGGCGCGUAUGGCUUCGGAGCGCGGCAAGCAACGCGAGGGCCAGGCCGCCAACGCCCAGCGCCUGGCUUCGGAGCAGGGCCGCAGGCGGGAGGCCGUGAUGGGGCUUAAGAAUAGUUUGGCUGCCGUACGGGCUGACGUGGCACGGCAGGCGGAGCUGGCAGCGGCGUUGCAGCGGCAGCGGCGAGAGCUUCAGGAGAAGGAGUUUGGUGCGUUGGUGGAGGCUGGGCUGAAUCCGUACGAGGUGUUUCGGCGGAGGGACCAGCAGGAGGAGGCCCAGCGGCAGCACGCCGCCAUUCAGUCCAACAUCUCCGCGCGGCAGUUGGAGUUGGCGGCCCAACUGGCCCGGGAGCAGGAGAGCUACCAAGAGAGGAUGGCGGCCAGGAAGAGGGAGAAGGAGGACAGGGAGGUCUUUGACCGGGAGAUGGGUGUGGCUGCACGGCAGGCUCGUACGGAUGAGUACAUGCGCACCCACACCGCCACGGGGAGCGCUAUGCUGGACCCCACAGGUCGUCUGCCGGUGUUUCCCUCCCAAGUCACCGUCGUUAAGGACGCCCGCUUCGGCCAGGGGGGUGCCCCCUCGGCGCUGCUGGCCCAGCAAAUGGCGCGUCUGGGCCCCCAGGCCCCCAAGCAGCUGCUGCUGCCGGCCAAGUACCGCAGCGCGGAGGCGGAUGCGGCGGCGGUGGCGGCGCUGGGGGGCACGUACUCCGGGGGGGCACGCCACGCUGCUGGGGAUAGCGACCCGGACAGCGAAGGUAUGGGCUCUCCCCCGCGAUCCCCGCGCCGUGCCUCGGCUCCCCCGCCUGCCGCCGCCGCCACCGCCUCCGUUUCUCCAUCCCGUCAGCAGAACCUGAGCCAAAGGCACAGCCUGGGGGGGGUGCCGCUGCAGCAGCAGCAGCAGCAGCAGCAAGGGCAGGGGCAGGGGCAGGGGUCCCAGGACCGCUACAAGCAACUGGCCACUCGGCCCCUCACCAAGUUGGAACAGAGUAUGAUGGAGGCGGCGAAGACACGACACAAGCAAGCCAUCGGAGCGGCGCAGACUCAGAUGGGUCGCACGUUUGGCGGCGACGCCUUCCUAGCCUCACCCGCCGUCAUAGAGUUCAAGGACUACGAAAUGGGCCGUACCACGACACUCUCCGUACAGAUUAUAAACCGGUCGUACAAGAAGAACACGUUUCGCGUGUUGGGCAUCCCCGUGGAGUAUUGCGACGUGCUGGACUUCUCGUACAAACUACCCGGCUACCUGGCCCCGGGGGUGUCGGGGGAAGUGGCAGUGUCCUUCACGCCCAAAACACCCGUCGACGUCGACACGUGUCUGCAGCUGCUGGCGGACACAGGGCCCUUCGAUGUGCCCAUACGGUGCCGUACGAAGCGCGCGGAGCUGUCGGUGGCGCCGGCGGCGGUGGACUUUGGCGGCGGGGUGACGCUGGGGGAUUCGGCCACCCGUACCUUUGUGCUGAGCAAUGAAGGCGCACUGGAGGUGGAGUACCGGCUGGACAGCCCGCAGCUCUCGGAAGAGGAACGUGCACUGCUCAAGUCAGCCACCUUCGCACACGGAACACUCAAAGACGCGACCAUCGCAGCAGCCGCGGCGGCAGCAGCUGCCGGCGGCGGCGGCGGCGGCGGCGGUGGUGGUUUGCUGUCUCGCGCGCGCUCCUUCGCCAGCCAGACGGCGGCCACUGACGGCGGUCCGCUGGCGGCGGCGGCGGCGGCGGUAGAACUCCCCCGGGAGGAGCGGCGGCUUACCCACGGGGGCUUCACCGUAUUUCCCUGCGUCGGGACACUGAAGGGCUAUAGCCAGGUGACCUUCACAGUGACGUUUGCGCCGGUGCUGGCGGCGGCGGCGAAGCUGGUGAUCAACCUGUCGUACAAGGCGCCCAGUGUGAAGCGGCUGUCCCUGCCCCGUCACGAGGUGGUGGUGACGGCGGUGGGUCGGGACGUACCUGUGUAUGUGGAGCGACCCGUCAUCGACUUCCAGUGCUGCCUCCUGGGCCAUGUGUAUCGGGAUGUACUGCUGGCGGGUGACUCCUUCCCCAUCACCAUUCGUUUCAAGCCCACUCCCGUACUGCUGACUGCUUGCCGGCGUCAUCUGGUGGAGCCGGAGGAGGAUCAGAUUUUGGAGAUCCCCAUGCGCCUCUCCGUACCGGACCAAACACUGCCAGUCCCCUUCAGCAUCCGCGCCCAGCUCACCCACACCGACCUCGUCUUCGAUCCGCCCUCCUUGGAUUUUGGAUCCUGCGUCAUGGCCGAGCGUACGGCACUUCGCCUCGCCAUCACAAACCCCGGCCGCCUGCCGCAAACCUUUGGCUUUGUGGGCCUCCCGUCUGGCCUGCGCGUCUGCCCCAAUGGCGGGUUUGGGCACGUUUUACCCGGGGAAACGCUGGAGCGGUUGGUGUCGUACCAACCACCCAUCGUGGGCCCCCAGAGUUUUACGAUUACUGCUCGAACAUUGGCGGGUCGAACGUUUCGAUUGCCCUGUGUGGCUGUGGGUGUGAGUCCACGGCUGAGUUUGUCCCAUAACGUGGUGGCGAUGCCCGCUACGGCGGUUGGCGACACGAGCACCGUGUCGGUGGUGCUGGCGAACCGUACGGACUCGCCCCAGGGUGGAAACACUGCCGGCGGCGAAUCAACAGGGGCCGUCGACGCUGACGGCGGCGGCGAGCACGGCGCCGAUGUGGCCUCUGGCAGCGCCGUCAGUGCCCAGUGGCGGCGGCUGUACGGCGCCGCCGCCGCCUCCUCCUGGUACCGCUACCGCGAACACACCAUCACGUGCUAUAUCCGACCGCAACAAGAGCCAUCGCAGCAGCAGCAGCAAACCCCGGCCGCCACGGCGACGGCGGCGGCCGCAGCUGCCAGUACGACACAGGAGCUGCACCUGCAGCUGUCCACGUGUGCGACGUUGCCGGACCUCGUACUGCAUACCCCGCUGCCGUACGUGGCGCUGCAUCAGUGUCACUGUCUGGACUUUGGACCGGUUCCCGUGGGACAGCGGGUCGUGAGGACGCUGGAAGUGGGCAACGAGGGCCCCGCGCCGAUGACCCUGUCCGCGGAGCCCCUCGACGUGCGGGAGGUGUUCAGCUGCGUCAAUGCGCUGCGACCCGUCCCGCCCGGGACCACCUUCCGUAUGCUGGUGUCCUUCACACCGCAGGCCCGGACACAGUACCUGGAGACGCUGUUGGUCAGAUCAGCUCGGUCCAGACUGCGACUGGCCCUCCGAGGUGCAGGGAUAGCUCCGGAGCUGCAACUCGGGCCCGAGGGGCCCCACGCCGGCAUGGUGGCGGCGUACGGCCACGCGGAGUACCGGACGCUGCGGCUGCAAUGCACGCUGCGCGGCGGGCUGCCGACUCUCUCCGGCGGACCGGACGGUCGUACAGUGACCCUCGUGGCCCGUUCAGCGCACCCUCAGGCCGGCGGGAGGGACCUGUCGGUCCAGGCCGUGGUCUCUCCUACUGGCGGGGCUGGCAACGUGCACGUGGCAGUGAUGGUGACCGCGUGCGACUUAUCCGUUGCGCGAUAA